AUGUCUCUUGCUUCAACCCAAUUUCAUUCGGAAAAUGACAGCCUUUUCACCACUGAUGAUCAAUCGAGUACCAACAAUUUUGGCAACACCACCAGUAACGACAACAAGAUUGCCAUCGCUGCUGCUGCUUAUGGCUCUCACCAUGACAAUGACGAUGAUGAUGAUAUCAAUGACAAUUUGGAUUAUUUUAUUCCUUCUAUGGAAGAGUUUUGUAUGCAUACAUCUUCGAUAUACACACCCACAAAUAGUUCAUGGUUUUAUCUCGUGGAAGGUGGUGAUGGAGAAUGCGGGAAUGGUAAUGAUGGUUCUAAUAGCCACCACCUGACUAAUUUAUUUUGUACACCAAGAUCCCAUGUUGCAACUGAAUCAAUUGAAUCUGUCAUUGACAAAAUACCAAUUACAUUGAGUCGUAAUAUUUGGGCCGAAAGUUCGCCAAUUGCUAGAAGCCAUGUCACGAAAGUAGAUUUUCAGGAGUUGCAGAUGCAGCAUGAGGAACAACAAAUUGAAUUGCAAAAGCAACUCCUGUCACAGUUGCAACUUGGACAGGAACAAUGUCAACAUGCGCAAUUUUGCAAGGAGCGACAGUUGCAAAAACAAAAACAACAGCUUGAUUUGUUCACUCAAAAGUACUACAGAUAUGCAUUUAAAGGUGAGGUUACACGGCCACAACCCGCUAUGGAUAUGCCUCAAGUUGUUACUAUGAACUCAUUGCCUCCACUCCAAUCACCCAUAAUCGCUAAUAGUCUCACCACUAGGCAGACCAACCCACAAUCACUCACUUUCAGAACGUAUAGCGGCUCCAUAUUCACUGUGCCCCCAAAAUCGCGAUUUUUUGUUAUCAAAUCAUACAACAUUCUUGACGUCAAUGCAUCGUUUGAACACAAAAUAUGGACGUCUACUGAACUUGGAAACAAAAGAUUAGAUAGGGCAUUUCAUGAAUUGCAAAACACUGGCAACCCUGAGUUUGAUGGAAAGAUUUUUCUCUUCUUUUCAGUUAAUUCACUGGGUAAGUUCUGUGGUGUAUCGCAAAUGAAAAAUUGCAUCGAUUACAAUAAAACAAGUGAUAUUUGGUGUGAGCAAACCCGAUGGAAGGGCAUUUUUCCUGUUGAAUGGCUAUUGAUCAAAGAUGUCCCCAACAAGUUUUUUCAGCAUUUGAAAAUCCCAGCUAAUGAGUUCAAACCGGUAACUAAUUCAAGAGAUACCCAAGAGGUUCCUUUCGAUAUUGGGAUCUCUAUGCUCAAAAUAAUUAGCUCAUUUAGAUGUAAUGGCUAG